UGGCAAAGUAGCUCCAUCCUCCCCUUCAACAGGGAAGUGAAGCAGCUUCUCGGAGCAGGUGUCAGCAGCCGUAAACUCCCCACAACACCGGAGCAGAGAGGAAGGAAGGAACUUGAUUAUUUUUUUUUUUACUUUUUUUUAUUAUUAUUUCCCUCUAUCCUCCCCUUUUCCCUCUGCUGCAGCGCGCACACAGCAGGCUUAUGUUGAGUUUUUAAUGUUCUCUAAAAUGGUAUCCAAGCUGACAUCCCUGCAGCAGGAGCUCCUCAGCGCCCUGCUGGACUCAGGAGUUACCAAAGAUGUUCUGAUCCAGGCCCUGGAUGAUAUGGACCCCAGCCCGCCGAGCUUUGGAGUAAAACUGGAGAGUCUGCCCAUGUCGCCCGCUCCUCCUCAGAGCGGCAAGAUGAACGGAGCGGACGCGGACUCGAAGCCCGUCUUCCACACGCUCACCAACGGCCACAGCAAGGGCAAGCUGUCCGGGGACGAGGGCUCCGAGGACGGGGACGACUACGACACCCCGCCGAUACUGAAGGAGCUCCAGUCGCUCAACACGGAGGAGGCCGCCGAGCAGAGGGCGGAGGUGGAGCGCAUGUUGGCAGAGGAUCCAUGGCGUGCUGCCCGCAUGAUCAAAGGUUACAUGCAGCAGCACAACAUCCCCCAACGGGAGGUGGUGGACGUCACGGGGCUGAACCAGUCUCACCUCUCCCAGCACCUCAACAAAGGCACGCCCAUGAAAACACAGAAGCGAGCGGCCCUCUACACCUGGUAUGUCAGGAAACAGCGGGAAAUUCUCCGACAGUUCAACCAGGCAGUGCAAGGUUGUGGCAGCAAUAUGACAGACAAAGGCAAUCAGGAUCCGGUGUUUUUUUUCCCAGAGUUCAACCCGUCCAGUCAGGGCAUGGGUCAGCCUGGCGACGAGGUCGGCAGUGAACCCUCCAGCAAGAAAAUGAGACGUAACCGUUUCAAAUGGGGGCCUGCAUCUCAGCAAAUCCUGUACCAGGCCUAUGAACGGCAGAAGAACCCCAGCAAGGAGGAGCGGGAAGCCUUGGUAGAAGAGUGCAACAGAGCCGAGUGUCUUCAGAGAGGCGUCUCCCCCUCCAAAGCUCAGGGCCUCGGCUCUAAUCUGGUCACAGAAGUGCGAGUCUAUAACUGGUUUGCCAACCGGCGUAAAGAGGAAGCCUUCAGGCAGAAGUUGGCCAUGGACGCCAUCACUGUACCUCCUCACAGCAUCAACCCUCUGCUGUCACACAGCUCGCCACAUCAUCCCCAGAACAGCGCUUCGCCUCCCAUGCGUUACAGCCAGGGCCCCGGUGAGGUCACCUCCUCCACUACCAUCAGUCACCACAGUAGCAACGCGAUGCAGACCAGCCAGUCGGUGCUCCAGCAGGUGUCUCCGGGAGGACUGGACCACAGCCACAGUCUGCUGUCACCUGACACCAAGAUGAUUUCAGGUUCAGGUGGAGGACUUCCUCCAGUCAGCACACUGACCAACAUCCACAGUUCCCAUCACAGCCAUCAGCAGACACAAAACCUCAUCAUGCCUCUAUCUGGAGUCAUGGCCAUAGCACAGAGUUUAAACACAUCACAAGCUCAGACAGUGCCAGUGAUCAACAGCGUGGCAGGCAGCCUUGCGGCGCUGCAGCCGGUGCAGUUUUCCCAGCAGCUCCACAGCCCCCACCAGCAGAGCCUGAUGCAGCAGUCCCCCAGCCACAUGAGCCAGCAGCCGUUCAUGGCUACUGUCACACACUCGCACAUGUAUCCUCACAAGCAAGAGCCCCCACAAUAUUCCCACCCGUCACGUUUCCCCUCGGCCAUGGUGGUCACAGACGGCAAUAGCAUCAGCACCCUCAGCUCCAUGUCAUCAAGCAAGACGGACGCUCCUGUAAACAAGAUGGUGCAACUCGGGGGUCUCUCCUGGAGUUUUCGUUUUGGGGGCGCUGCUGAUGUUCAAAUGCUUUCAUUUGGCUCCAAACUAAUAGACGAGACAGAUAUAUGGAGAGUAUACGCCUCAGAAUUCCUAUUUCCUCUCAAACAGCCGUCUAAUCAAUCACCUGUUCCCUCAACCUGAACGGCUCUUGAUUAACGCUGCCUCCUUUCACUUUCCUCUCCGUGGUGAGAGUUACCUCUGUGAUCAGGAAAUGAGCCCCACUGUUAAUCAGAGUUCUCAAGCCUGUCCUGCUACUUUCCUCCAUGCUACAGUGAGGCUGGAGAUGAGAUGGGCUGAGUUUUUUUUUUUUUUGGUUAAUUACACCUCUUCCUCUUUCCUACUUCUCCCUGCUCUCGGUGAUCGCUCUAGCCUGAAAUGUUGUCCACGGUGCUUUCACACGCUCAAUUUCCCACGCUGAGGCAGAGUACUCGUACUGCCACGCUGCUACUGACAGACUGAUGGGUUGAUGGGAUGAUAGCUCAGAGCACCGUGUAUCCUCUGUGUAGGAAGGAAGUAAAACAAAUCUCUCCGAGGCUGUGCUUAGCCAGGGCAUUACUCUGUCUCCAGGGUCAAUCAGCUGUUUAUUGAUACACUUUUGCAAAACAAUUUAGAUAUACAGUAUGUUGUGAUAAAAGCUGGACCCAGUGGUGGAAGAAGUACUACUAAGAAGUAAUAUUACUUAGUAAUUAAAAUCACUUUAAUUCAUUUUGAUAAAAUAACCAAUUAUAUCUUCUUAAUUUUCAGUGAGACUCUUCUAUAAUUUUCUAAACAGAUUUUAAUGUUUGGAUUACCAAACAUGUAGAAUAUACACUCACAUCAUUUUGUAUGUGAAACACUGUAAUUUGGAUAUUUUAGUUAUUUAUAGUUAAUACACAAAGUAAUAUCAAGAAAAAUAGUGAUAUCAAUACUUCUACUACUGCUGAUAAAAAAAAUAAACACCAUAUUUAUGGUAACAUACUCAAGAAAAACUGUAAUACUAAACUGAAUUAUACAGAUGGAGUGGUUUCUGAUAUUGAUGGACUGGGAAUAAACAAGAUCAAUUCAGAUUUAUGUAAACUAAAGAUAGACGUGACUGCUUAGGCGUCACAAGCCAAAAAAAGUUAUUUUAUUAGGUUAUCAAUAGACCCGAUAUUUCUUUCAAUUAAUUGAUUAAUCGCUUGAGAAAAACAGUGAAAAAUGCUCAAGUUGACUUCAUCUCCACCCAACCAACAUCCAAAACCCAUAAAGAUUCAAUUUACUAUAAUAAUAUUCAAUAUACUAAAAAGAAAAGCAACACAUUUUCACAUAUGAGAACCUGGAACACAUUUUUGAACACCUUUUUUCUUGACAAAUGAUCUUUCAACUAAUUGAUUAAUCCACUAAUCGUUGCAGCUCUAAUGUACUGUAUUUUAUAAGCCUAUCUUCUAACUACUCACUACAUCUGUCAAUAAAUGUAGCAGAGUAAAAAGUGCAAUAUUCCCCUUCUGAAAUUAGUACAGUACUUGAGUAAAUGUCCUGGUGGUUACUUUCCACCACUGGCAUCAUCACCCUGUGGCAUUUCACAACCCCAUUUAUUUAGAGAGCAAUUAGCUAGCAGGCUCUCCCAGGUAUUUUCUUAUCAGGACUUUAUUUGGACUGGGCAGCCUUCUUCUCAUGACAUGACCAGCAUGCUGAGGCUUUAUAACACUCAUUGUUUACCAAGAACCCUCCAUUAUACCUGAGUCUGUUUAAAACUCAUCUCUGCUCAGAGCCUCCCGUCUAACGAGGCUUAGCUGCGGGCCACCUUUAUCAGGUGAAGUUGUUUGCUGGCCGCAAGGUCACACCGGGGUCACCUGCCUCCACCCCUGGAGAGGCAGGAGAAAAAUAAAUUCCACAAACAAUCAAAAAAAAAAAAAGAGAGCAUUUCAGUAGAAACAAGGCUUUUCAGAGUCAGGAGAAGAGGGAUGAGGAAUGUAUUUGGUCAGGUGUGGCACAUGAAGGUGCAGGGGUGAUGCAUUUACCAAUGGUGGAAUAAGUAACCUUAAAAUAACAAUGCAUCAUAUUUUAUACGUUUAUGAUAUGUUUUAUAUUUACAAUCUUAAUCUGAAAAGUAACAAGUAACUAUAGCUGUUAAAUAAAUGAAAUGGAGUAAAAAAGUCUAUGUCCCUCUGAAAAUGUAGUGAAGUCGAAGUAUAAAUUAGCAUAAAAUAUGAAAAAUUCAAGCACAGUAUAAGUACCUCAAAACUGUACUUAAUUACACUUGUUACUUUCCACCACUGGUAUUUACAUAGGUUUCAUUUGUCAGGUCCCUUUUGGGAAGCCUUGGAAAUGAUGCACAUUCUAUAUACCUGUGUUACUGGACAGAUUGUAUUUAUUGUUUUAUAUAACACGGGCCUACUUUGUCUGAAAUUUCUCCUUCUCCUUUCAGUGUCCUCUUCAAGCUUGGUGAGAGCGUCCACCUGACUUCCUCGGUGCCCGGCAACCAGAGCACAUUUUUCCACCCUCUCACCGCGGUAACCAUGACAACUCUUAAUAACCGGCAACGGCGCGCUGGAUGAUGAGUCAGUCAACAAACGAGAGGAGUGACGACGGUGGGCCAGGCGGGUGAAAAUGAGAAAUGGGGACAGACAGAGGGGGGAAAAAAAGAAACUCACUGCACCUGAAAGUGAGGAGACUGGAUCCCCUCGGUCACACACAAAUGAUCAACAAGGAUGUAUGAUUUUAACACAAUCUUUGAAAACAGUAUUCAGUUUUUUACGCCCCUUUUCAUACAUGCACAGCAAGACACAGUCAUCCUCUUCUGACAUUACAAAGGAACAAAAACUGCUCAUAAACUGUGUGGUACGGACCCGAAUGAAGGCUCUGGGAAAACUUAUAUUACACUGUGAUUUAAGGUGGGAAUAUGAAGACACACUGACACAACCAGAGACAGUAAUCAGCCUCUGUAAAGGCUGAAAGACUCAAUUAAGGCGAUUCACUCACAGCAAUAUCUUGGAUGCCUUUUGACGGGCUACACAAAUCGCCUUGCACGUGAGGAGAACUGUGUGACAAUCACAAUAACCCGUAUUGAUCUUGUGCAUGCAUUUGACAUUCUUACUGGGCUUUAAAGGAGUCUUCCAUGUUAUUCUGUCACACUCAGUUUACUGCACUAGCAUUAGUGCAGGCGAUGAAUGCCCUCUCUGUCGCUCGAGGGAUUCAUCAUUUCGAGUUGUUCAAUGUGUAUACUGUGAUUGAAAAGACUUUGACAAUCUUGAAAGGACUAUACAAUGCAUCUAUAGGUGUAUGCAAUGCUUUGUAUAACUGGAUUCUGCACAGAACUCCACACACUUGAGACUGGAAAUGAAUAUGCACUAUCAGUGAAGUCACCAACAAUUAUUAUAUACUGUAGCUGCCUGUGACUAAUAUGCCAAAGAAUAAGGAGGUAGUUCAGUGUAGUUUCAGCUUGUAUUUGUCAUAAUGUCUCAAUAGUUAGCCUGCAAAAUCUAUAAACCAGGUCUGCCGGGGGGACUGACUCACACACUUUAAAUGUGGCCCUUCCCCUGCAUGUUGUUUGCACACAAGUUCAGGUGAAUUUCAGGAAUGGGACUCACCCUCCUCCUCUCUCUCCCACUUCCUGCUGCAAUGUGAAGAGAUACCAAAAUAGGACAAAUAUUGUUAAUAACUCCUCGUCAUAAAUCAUUGUGCAGGACCCCCCAGGGUUGAAUGAAAAUAUUGACAAGUAUUCAGAAACAAAACAGUCUGGUAUUUUGUGAAGGAGAGAGACAUGAAAGCGGACAAUGUUGUGACAGCAGCUGCUCUAAUCAUACAGGAAUCCACAGAGACUGAGAAAUGUAGGGGAGAGGAGCAGCUGCUGUGGGUACAGACGCCUCCACGAACACUAUCAAGGUGUGUUCAGACGGAAAGCAAAGCGAACUUUUGCUAUUUAGUUUUUUCCUCUUGUCUCUAUACGUUUCUGAAGCAGAUUCACAAACGUGGAUUGGCAAGAAUUUCUGGGCGAAUUUCCAUUGACUUCUGUCUGAACACACAGUCAUAGUUUCAGUUUAGCUAGCUGGACAAGAUGAGAAAGGCUGACAUGGGGACCAAAUUUGGCACCAAGAAUAAGCUUUCCUUUCACUAUAACUACCCAUGUUUUUAUGAGACAAAAAGGCAAUUUUGACUAUCAACCCCUGCAUAUCAUAAGUGUGGCAAAUCCAGUCUCCUGUUCAAUAUUAGGUCAUUACAAUGUUAUUAUUAUGUUGGUUGGUUUGUGACUGUUAUAGACACAGCUACUGCCAUCUGAUCAGAGGGCACUCAUGCUUGUGUGGCAGGAUGUGAUUUUUUCCCCUUCCUAAUGUAUUAUUUUUGUAUAAAAUUGAAAUCAAUCAUAAAUCAUUAUUUAUACUUUCUGAGAAAAUGUUGAUAUUUCAAGUAAAAGUUUUUUUUUCCAAAAUGAA